CCGAAAGAAUGGCAUGUAUGAAGAUGGCACAUUGACACUAAACAUGCCUGAUUUUAACGCAAUUUGUCCAUCCAUAUAACUACUCAAAUAUUCUCCAUCUUCACUCACUGAGCUUCAUCGAUCUCACUCUCACAUGGCGGAAAACGAUUCACUCUCUCAGUUUCUCACCGUCGCCAUUGAUGCAGCUAAGCAAGCCGGAGAGCUUAUUCGGAAAGGAUUUUACCAGACUAAGCAUGUGGAGCAUAAAGGAUCGGUGGAUUUGGUCACUGAAACUGACAAAGCUUGUGAAGAUCUCAUAUUCAAUCAUCUAAAGCAGCAUUUCCCAAGCCACAAGUUUGUUGGAGAAGAAACCACUGCUGCCGAUGGCGUAAGUGAGCUGACAAAUGAACCCACGUGGAUUGUUGAUCCAAUUGAUGGAACAAUCAACUUUGUGCAUGGGUUCCCUUUCGUGUGUGUUUCUAUAGGUCUUACCAUUAAAAAGGUCCCAGUAGUUGGGGUUGUUUACAAUCCAAUCAUGAAUGAGCUUUUUACUGCCAUUGAUGGAAACGGUGCUUUCCUUAAUGGAGAUCCUAUUAAAGUAUCUUCUAAAUCUGAACUGGUGACGUGUCUUCUUAUGACAGAGGAUAUUCCCAAGCGCGAUAAGGCCACUUUGGAUGCUGUGACGAAUAGAAUUAAUAGCUUACUUUACAAGGUAAGAUCAAUCAGGAUGGGGGGCUCUUGUGCAUUAGGUCUUUGCGGGAUCGCAUGUGGAAGGAUUGACCUAUUUUAUCUCUCUGGAUUUGGUGGUCCUUGGGAUGUUGCGGCAGGGGCAGUGAUUGUUAAAGAAGCCGGUGGAGUCAUCUUUGAUCCAUCUGGCAAUGACUUUGAUAUCACCGCCCAGCGGGUAGCAGCAUCAAACCCACUGGUGAAGGAUGCAUUUGUUGAUGCAUUGCAACAGUCGGCUUAGACAUCUCUCAUGAUGCGAUUUUUUCAUGCUAAUAAAUGGUUCUCACAAAGUCUUUUUCAUGCUUAACCAAUCCAUUCGGUUCGGUUUGCCUUUUUUCUGAAACUGUGCUAGCAAUUCGGUGAAAAACUUUUCGUUUAAACUGGUUUAACCAUACAACAUACCAUAAACACCAACAAAUAUGCUUUGUGGAUGAUGGUGUUAGUGAAUGUAUCAUCAGCUGUAUCUUCAUGUGAAAGGCAAUUGGUGUGUUUUUAUUGGGUAAGAUGCGAGACAGAAAAGAAGUGGCAGAUUGCCAAAA